AAACGACCAUCUACCUGCUGCGCGCCUACUUUCUCUCUCGUGAUGGCGUCGCAUCAGCCAGCAGGAGCAGACGACCCGCUCCUCGUCGACGACAGCGAUACAUUGUCCUACUUCACCCCGACUUUGAUCCGCAAGCCCACACCAUUGCGCUCCCCCUCGAUCAUCUCCUCCCUCCUCACCUCCGCUGGCGUGAGCGCGACCUACCCUUCCUCCGAUCUGACCUCUUUAGUCUCCUCGAUCGAAGAAGCGCCUCAGUUCGAUACGUUGAGGCGUAAUGGACUCCUUCUCUACCUCAUAAUCGACGUGGCCACCCAUCCUUCACUGGUCGAUACCUUCUGCACCAACCGCCUAAUCCCAGACUUCUGGCGCAGAAGUGUCGAGGCGUAUCACGCCUUCGACCAUGGGCACUAUGCCCGUGCCAUGCCCUGGCUCAGUGCAGAAAAUGCCGCUCCCUAUUCGGAGCUGAUCCUCACACGCCUCGACCCAAGUGAAGACGCGAAGCUAGCCAGGUUCGUGGUGCAGCACCUCAUUGUUGCUCGGCCGCUCGUGCAGGGCGAAGAGGCAGGAAGGGCUGUUCUGGUCGGCAAAGCCAUUGUAGAGGGCUUAGGAGAAGCGAUGCAAUUUGCGAGGAGUAGUACGGCGGGGUCAAAGGCGCUUUGGCCGUGGUUGUUUGGCAAGCGCAGGCCAAAGUUGCUCGCUGAGCUUGUGAGGUUGCCCCUCUCGCCCGCAGAGGUGGACGAGCUGCGCAGCUUUGCUCUGGUGCCCACCACCGCCAGCGGAUCAGCCUCCUCUUCAGUGGCUGCGCAACGUCGGGCAGUCGAUGCCCUCCUGCUGCGUCUCCUCAACGCUGGUCGCAUCGUGGAAGCAUUGCGUCUGGACCGAGCUGCCGAGGAAAACGGGCUGGGCGGCGAAGGCGGCGAGGAAGAUGCAGGGACUAUCAAGGCGGUGAAGCAGCGUAGAGAGAUGCUGAGGCUGGCAAGACAGAGCUUGCCUGCUACACUCAGGCUCGAGCUGGAAGAUGAAGAGGACGACUACGCAAACACUCCGGAUGGGACUCGCCCAGGCAUGCAGCUUGACUCUACGGGAGACAGCAGCAUGAUGACAGGCAGCCGUGACCCCUCUUGUCCCGGGUCUGCUCUCAACAAGCCGGUGAUUGCGCCAUCCUCUCCGCUUGUCACCCUACCACGCUCAGCAUCGCGCACUCUGGCUCUGGCAUCUCAGUCUCCCCUGGCAGGCACCAUCGGCCCUUCCUCCUCAUUCACCGGCUCCCCACGACCACAGUCACGCCCGCCUCUCGCGACUCGAGGGUAUGCAUCCCCGUCUCCACGACCGCAAGCGGCAGCCUUGCCCUUCACGAACGACGGACCGCGCCAGACCUCCAGUUCCUUUAGCUCCUCCUCAAAAGCAGGACCCUACGCCCGCCUUGCGGCUCAGCUUGCCGCUCAGCAGAGCAAUCCUGCUGCUGCAGCGGACGAUAGCGGAAGCAACCUUCUGUCCUCGCUCCUGCCGCAGAAGCGCGGGGUCUCGAGCACCAGUCUGGCCGCAACGGGCGAUGCUGGUGUUGGGUCGGCUGACAUAUCCAUGGACAGGACGAUGACUCCCCCUCCUGCCGGCUCCGCAUUUGAGGUACCGAAGAGACGCUACGUUGCCAAGCCUGCUGCCGCUACGACGGACAGCCAACCGCGAGGUAGAGGACAGCGUCAAGCCGCCGCCGCAGCUCCCGCAGCGUCCGCCUCGCCAGCCGUGGCUACCCCAGCCCGAUCUCGAGUCGGAGGGGCGCGUGCUGGGCCGCACAAGAAGCAGCGUCAAGAAGCAGCCGAGCCGGAGAAGGCACCGCAACGGGCAGCCCAAAAGGGAAGGACAAUGCAGGAGAGGAUGCCCGGGUCUUUCUUUGAUGAUGAGGACGUCACAGCUGGGCAGCAGGAUGAGGCCAUGGGUGUGCAGCAGCAUGAAGAGGCCGAGGAGCAGGAGACGCAGCCCCAGGCGAAGGCUACAAAGCGUGGCGCUGCUCGUAGGGGAGGCUCGGCCACUCCUGCCCGUCGCACCACAACCACUCGCAGGCGGCGUGGCGCUGAUGCAUCACCUCAAGCCUCGUCUACCACCUCCGAUAACGACGAUGACAACGAAGACGAUGCCACCUACGCUCCACCGACCACGCGUCGGAUGACACGCUCUCAGUCGGUCCUGUCCGCCAUCUCUGACGCUGCAGCGGAAGGGAAGGACAGCCAUGACACUUGGACGACUACCACCACCACGACAAGUGGGGACAAUUCGGCGCGUGACCCGCUCUACGAGCAGGAGGAGGAGGAGGAUGAAGAAGAUGAACAGGAGGAAGACGAAGGAGACGAGACGACCACAGAUGAUCAGCCUGCGACGAGGCGACGUACCCGUACUCGAAGUGGCCAGCGUGAAACGGCAAAGAGGACUACGAGGCAAAGAAGCGUGCAGACGACCGCAGCGCCAACUUCUUCGACGCCGAAGACGUCUCCGCAGAAGAAGCGUACGACUGCAGCGGCAGCGAGCGCAACGUCGACUCCUACGGGUGUGGCGACGAGGAGGAGUACGAGGAGGGGCGGAGCGGCCUAAUGAGGGCGUUCUUGAUUUGAGAUAGAGGGACAAGCAGCAGUGGGCUGGCAAUAUCAUCAGAUUGAAUAGGUACAUAGAUCGUAAACUUCGUGAAGGUCAUGACAGGUCGUAAACUGUUCAUCAGAUCGUCAAGGUCGGAGCGUAUCGUCAAAGUCCGUAGGUCAAAGCGACGACGUCGAAAGGAUCUAGAGAAAACCAGAGUAGCGGCAGCGGAGCACAGCUCAACGCUCAUUUCAUCGUCUCCUAGCAGCGAGUAUCACUUCGCUCACCACAACAAAGGCCGCGCCCGCAGC